AUGCUACUCCGCUUUUUGGGGUCGAGGUUUUCGAUAUCGGAAUCUUUGAAAGGAUGGGCACGACCGGGACCGAGAAUCAGCAACGAGGAAUACGCCGCGCGAAGGGAGCGGCUGGUUGCCGGGAUUCGGAAGCGCCAUCCCCCAUCGCAACAUCGUAAUUUGUUGAUAUUAUUGCAAGGGUCAAAGCUUCACUACAUCGCCCCAGACGUCGUCACCCACUACCGGCAAUGCUCGAAUUUCCGCUACUUGACCGGCAUCACAGAACCUGGCGCGAUUUAUGCGAUGCACGUGGCCGAGAAGGGAGACGUGCGCUGCUACCUCUUCCUCGACAAGAAGACGUCACACGAGGAGCUUUGGGAGGGACCCUCCCCAGAUCACACCGAACUUGUCUCGACAUCCGGUGCCGUUGACGUGCUUCCCGUGCGGCAAUUCCUCGGCUUCCUCGAUAAGACGGCGAAGGGAGCCUUCCUUUGCUACGAUUUUGACGGGAAUUGGAACGCCGAAACCAAGCAGCAGCUCGCCGGCGGAUCCUCGAUGGCAUCGAUCAAAAACGAGCUUCAUCUUUUGAGAGUGCAAAAGUCGCCCAAGGAGGUUGAGAUGAUGAGACACGUGUGCGAAGUCGGAUCCGUCGCGCUCACAGCAACAAUCUCAAAAUCAAAACAUGUUUAUCACGAAAACGAGAUACGGGGAAGGAUGGAGCUGGAAUCGAGAAGGAGAGGGGCCGAGGCAUUGGCGUAUCUUCCGGUGAUUGCCGGCGGCCCUCGUGCGAAUACCAUCCAUUACCUGAAUGCCAACUCGUCACUCCGACCCACCGACACGGUUUUAAUGGACGCGGGAUGCGAUAUUAAUGGCUAUGUGUCAGAUAUUACGAGGUGCUUUCCGGUCAGCGGCCGCUGGUCGGACCCGCAGCGGGUGGUCUACGAUGCCCUCAAUUUGGUGCAAACAAAUCUGCUUCAUUACGCCAACAACAAUGAGUGCAGCCUGAGCACGCUGUUCCACCGGAUGAACGAAUACCUGGCGGCGGCGAUGCGCGAGGCGGGCAUGCUAUCGAAUAAGCUGAGCGACCAGGAAUUGCUGAGGGAGGCUAACGCUCUAUGCCCACACCACGUCUCCCACUACCUCGGUAUGGACGUCCACGACUGUGACACCGUUGCCAAGAAUAUGAAUCUGCAGCCCGGAAUGGCCUUUACGAUAGAGCCGGGCGUCUACAUCCCGGAUGACCGUAAAAAUGUGCCGAAGGAAUUCCGUGGUAUCGGAUACCGAAUCGAGGACGAUGUGGUGCGAACGGAGAGCGGGAUCGAG